GGUGCAUCAUAUGCAUGAUCAGCAUUUGUAACUGCUUCUCUGAAUUUGUCUGAGUCUGAGCUGUUAAUUCUCCCAACACAAUUAUAAAAAGAAGAAAAACUUAGAGUGAUAGUUGUAGGAAAGUAAAAACAUAAGUGUUCUCUUAAUUCAGUGAGGUUCUGAAUUGUUCAACUUGAGAUGAUGGCAUCAUUUGCAGGGACUACUCAGAAGUGCAAAGCAUGUGAGAAGACUGUGUAUUUGGUGGAAUUGCUCACUGCUGACAACAAGAUCUAUCACAAAUCAUGUUUCAGAUGCUACCACUGCAAGGGUACCCUUAAGUUGAGUAAUUAUUGUUCCUUUGAGGGUGUUUUAUACUGUAAGCCUCAUUUUGAUCAACUCUUUAAGAAGACUGGCAGCUUGGACAAAAGUUUUGAAGGUAUUCCAAGAACUGCAAGACUUGAAAGAUCUGCCGAUCAGGUCCAAACCAAUACAAAGGUUUCAAAUUUGUUUGCUGGAACUCAGGAAAAAUGUGUUGCUUGCAAGAAAACAGUUUACCCAAUUGAAAAGGUAGCUGUUGAUGGAACAUCUUACCAUAAGGCUUGUUUCAGGUGCACUCAUGGAGGAUGUGUAAUUAGCCCAUCAAAUUAUGUUGCCCAUGAACAUCGUCUUUAUUGCAGGCACCAUCAUACUCAGUUGUUCAAGCAGAAAGGUAACUUCAGCCAACUUGACAAGCAAGAAAACGAUGAAGGGGUGACGGAGAACAGAAUAACUGAGUAAUGGCAAGCAUUCAACUUUCAAGUUACAUUGGCAAUACAAGUUCAGUUGGUGACUCAUUUUCAGGCAUCAAAUUCCCUUGUCUCAAUCCACAUUUUUUUUUUCUGUUUACUAUGUAUGUGAAAAGUUUUGUGAGACAAAUUUUGGGUUGAUAAUUGAGAAGAAUUAGUAGAUAGUUUGGCUUAAUCAUACGGCGCGGCUGACCAAUCUGCAUUUUGCUUUGAAGUUUAAUGAAGUUUGUAUUUUUCAUUACUGUGAUAAAAUCUGGUUUUCUCUGUAAAUUUCCCGUUGAUUUGGUUAUUCACAUUAAAAAUAUUUCACACUC